CUCCCCGCCCAGCGCCGCGCUGCAGCCGUCACUUCCGUCCCCCGCCGCCGUCGAGAUGGUGCCACCGGUGCAGGUUUCUCCGCUUAUCAAGUUCACCCGGUACUCGGCCCUGCUGGUGGGGAUGAUCUACGGCAAGAAGCGAUAUGACUACCUGAAGCCUAUUGCCGAGGAAGAGAGAAGAGUAGAGGCUGAAGAAAAAAAGAAACGUGAAGAACUUGAGCGGAUUGCAAAAGAGCUCGCAGAAGCAAGUGAAGAGUCCAUAUUGAAAUGAACAAAGGAGGGAAUCUGAGUUUCACACAUGGAAACACAUGGCUAGGCCCUGAACUGUUACGUGGUUGUUGGACUCUGCAUGCUAUCAAUAAAGUGCUUAGAAACACUUCAA